GUUGGCUGGAUCAAUGGAUGGAGGGAAUUACUCUGUGGUGUCUGAGUUUGUGUUUCUAGGACUCACCAAUUCAUGGGAGAUCCAGCUUCUCCUCCUGGUGUCCUCCUCAGUGCUCUAUGUGGCAAGCAUGACUGGAAACAUCCUCAUUGUGUUUUCUGUAACUACUGAUCCUCACUUACAUUCUCCUAUGUACUUUCUACUGGCCAGUCUCUCCUUCAUUGACUUGGGAGCCUGCUCUGUCACUUCACCCAAGAUGAUACAUGACCUGUUCAGAAAGCACAAAAUCAUCUCCUUUGGAGGUUGCAUCACUCAGAUCUUCUUCAUCCAUGUCAUUGGUGGUGUGGAGAUAGUGCUGCUCAUAGCCAUGGCUUUUGACAGAUAUGUGGCCAUAUGUAAGCCUCUCCACUAUCAGACCAUUAUGAGUCCUAGAACGUGCAUUUUGUUUCUUGCUUCUGCUUGGGCCCUUGGUGUCAGUCAUUCACUUUUCCAACUGGUGUUUAUAGUUAAUUUACCCUUCUGUGGCCCUAAUGUAUUGGACAGCUUCUACUGUGACCUACCCAGACUCCUCCGACUAGCAUGCAGAGAUACCUACAGACUGCAGUUCAUGGUCACUGCCAACAGUGGGUUUAUCUGUGUUGGUUCUUUCUUCAUACUUGUAAUCUCCUACAUCUUCAUCCUGUUUACUGUUUGGAAACAUUCCUCAGGUGGUUCAUCCAAGGCCCUCUCUACUCUGUCAGCUCACAUCACUGUAGUCCUUUUGUUCUUUGGUCCAACCAUGUUUGUCUAUACUUGGCCACACCCAAAUUCCCAGAUGGACAAAUUUCUUGCUCUCUUUGAUGCAGUUUUCACUCCUUUUUUAAAUCCAGUCAUCUACACAUUCAGGAAUAAAGAGAUGAAGGCAGCAAUGAUGAGAGUAUGCAAACAGCUAGUGAUUUACAGGAAGAUCUCAAAAAUUACGUGA